AUGGCGGCGGCGGCGGUAGCCAGCGGCUGGAGCGACGACGACCCGGCCGCCGGCGAGUGGACCACCGUCACCCGCUCCGGCCGCUCCAGCCACUCCGGCCCGGCGGGCCGCUACCCCACCACCACCCCCGCCCCGGCCGCUCCUCCCCGCCCCGCGCCGAAGGCAGGCGACGUCGCCAAGGCCUUCGCCGGGCUCGAGAUGAAGGCCAAGGCCGCGGCCGAGGCUGGCGCGGGCCGCGGCGGCAGGCUCGACAAGUACGACAUCCCCGUGGAGGUGAGCGGCGAGGGCGCGCCCGCGCCCGCGGCGGGCUUCGAGGAGGCCGGGCUCGUCGAGGCCGUGCUCCGCAACGUCGCGCGCUGCGGCUACGACUGCCCCACCCCCGUGCAGCGCUACUCCAUGCCCAUCGUGCUUGGAGGGCGGGACCUCAUGGCCUGCGCGCAGACCGGCUCCGGCAAGACCGCCGCCUUCUGCCUCCCGGUCGUCAGCGGCCUCGUCUCCGCGGAUGCCGCCGCGGCCGCGGGAGGGGGACGCGGCGACAGGGACGCGUUCGGCUACGACGACUACACCCGCGCCGCCAGGCCGCGCGCCCUCGUGCUCGCGCCCACCAGGGAGCUCGCCGCGCAGAUUCAUGAGGAGGCCAAGAAGUUCUCUCACCAAACUGGAAUCAAAGUUAAGGUGGCAUAUGGAGGAACUUCAAUGAUUCAACAGCUACGUGAUAUAGAAAGAGGCGUGGACAUUCUUGUUGCUACACCCGGCCGCCUUGUGGACAUGAUUGAAAGAGGAAGGGUCUCUCUUGAGGCAAUUAAGUACCUGGUAAUGGAUGAGGCUGACAGGAUGCUGGAUAUGGGGUUUGAGCCUCAGAUAAGAAAGAUUGUUGAUGGCAUGGGUAUGCCUCGAAAGUCCAUGAGACAAACUAUGCUUUUCAGUGCAACCUUUCCACCACAAAUACAGAGACUGGCUUCAGACUUUUUGUCGAAGUACAUAUUUAUCACUGUUGGGAGGGUGGGUUCAAGUACCGAUCUAAUUACCCAGAAACUUGAGUUUGUCACUCAUGAUGAGAAAAAAACCUACCUGCUAAAUCUCCUGCAGGAGCAAUCUUUCUGUUCAUCUGAUGGCAAGCCUCUAACACUAGUUUUCGUGGAGACAAAACGAGAUGCUGAUUCAUUGAGGUAUUGGCUAUACAACAAAGGUUUCCCCGCAACAGCGAUCCAUGGUGACAGAACACAAGAGGAGAGGGAAAGUGCAUUGAGAUCCUUCAAGUCUGGCUUGACUCCUAUCAUGGUCGCCACUGAUGUAGUCGCGCGUGGCCUGGAUGUCCCAAAUGUUAGUCAUGUGAUCAACUACGACCUUCCCAAGAGCAUCGAGGACUAUGUCCACAGGAUUGGAAGAACUGGGAGAGCUGGAAAUGCUGGGUCUGCCACCGCCUUCUUCACUGAACAGAACCAUCCCAUUGCAAAGGGACUGCUGGAACUGAUGACUGAGGCAAAACAGAACGUUCCUGGCUGGCUAGAGGAUUACGCAGGGAGUGGCUACGGUGGUGGUGGUGGCCGUGGCAGCUACGGUGGUGGUGGCGGCCGUGGCGGCUACGGUGGUGGUGGCGGUGACAGCUACUCAGGUGGUGGUGGCUACGGUGGUGGCGGUGGCGGUGGCCGUGGCGGCUACGGUGGUGGUGGUGGCAGGAGCUACUCGGGUGGUGGUGGUGACAGCUACUCAGGUGGUGGUGGCCGUGGUGGUUACGGUGGUGGUGGUGGCAGAAGCUACUCGGGUGAUGGCGGUGACAGCUACUCAGGUGGUCGUGGUGGUGGCGGCAGGAGCUACUCUGGUGAUGGCGGUGGUGGUGGCAGGAGCUACUUGGGUGAUGGCGGCGGCGGUGGUGGUGGCAGGAGCUACUCUGGUGCUGGUGGCGGCAACAGCUACUCCCGUGAUGGUGGUGGCAGAUACUCCAGUGGAGGGGGCUCCUCCAGGGCAAAUGAUCCACCUCCGCGGUACUACCCUUCCUACCCCAUGGGCACGACAAGCAUCAGCGCCUCUGGCUGGGACUAGCUGCGGCGCACCCUCUCCUCUCGGUGCAUAUAUCGUAUAUAUUAUUAUCUAAAAUACCUAGGUGAACCUAAACGUGUGUGGCACACCUGAUCUAUGCUUGGUGUACGCUGGUCCUUUUGCCUUAUCGAUGGUGGUCUUGAUGGUGCACAGGGGGAAGUUACAAAUGUUUUGCUGGGAAAUGAGAUUUGGUGGUGACAUUGUGAUGCUGAAAACUCUACUUGGUGCUUAAAGCUUGCUGGCUGUUAUUGUAAGCGGCAAAUU